UAAUUAAGCUGCUGGGAAUGUAAACAGAACGUGGAGUUUAAAUGUUGGAUGAUGAAACUGAGAAAUGCAUACAUCAGAAAUUGUACCGCAGCAGGGGUAAGUGCGCAAUAUUUGCACGUCAAUCGGACUUUCGCGUUGAGCUGAAGACGAAAUCCACUGCGACAUCAAUUGCCGCAAUAAAUGAGAAUGCUGCCAGCAACAACAACAACGGGAUUUGUAUUGGACAUGAUAUUUGGUUGCAUAUAGCGAUGCAUCUAGAUCCGGAGGACGUGCAAGCCUUUGCUUUGGUAUGCAAACAGACCGCCCGGCUGGUGAACUCGCGAGCCUUCUGGCGGAACAUGUACAAACGCUAUUGCCUGGCUGGAUCCAUCAAGGUGUGGAAUUUGGAGCUGCCCGCCGAGCUGCAAUUGGAAGCAAUACGUAAUUGUGAUGCAAAAGCGCUGCGAUCACGAGUGAUCCAGUCACUUUUCCAUUGUUAUCGACCGUUUAGUGAGCGAAUUGAGCUGGGCUACAAGCUCGACUGGCUGCUGCAGCGAAAAUUUGUAUGCUGCUCGCAGAGAGAGUUUCGUCGCUUGUGGUUCGUCUAUUAUACACUUUCGAAUCGAGCAAGGACAUGUGGACAUUUGGCGGAGAUGGCGGCGGAUACGGAUGUGGUCAAUGAUUGGGAAACACUUGCCGAGGAUGAUGGUGCACCAGCACAAAGCUAUGCCAAUCGUCAUGAUGGUGUUGUCCUGCUGAUUGUUGUAUGUCGACAAUUUAUGCCGCUGCCAUUCCAGUUGCUCUACAACCAGCAGCAGUCGCGCUUUCGCCUCAAGGCGACCCGUGAGCUGCUCUGCACGGAUAUGCGGACCACGAACCUGGAACUGGACUUUGUCGAGGAUAACAGCAGCAGCAACGGCCAGAUCAGCAUAACAGUGAAAUAUUCCCAUAUGGAAAACUAUAAAGUGCUGCCCUGGUGGCAUCCAGACUUUAAGACUCAUUUUGCAUGUCGUUCACGUUGAACAAUCUCUCUCAAGAUCAGUUCAAAGGUCAGCCAUUCUUGUAAACAGCUUUUUCUACAAUUGCAUUCAAUAUUAUCAGAAUCGUGUAAUCGAGUAUUUUAAUGGGCCACCCAGCCACCAAUUCUUAUCUCAAAUGUUUGCACAUUGUUGUUUGCGUGGUAAAAGUCAAACGACACGACUCGAAACAGAUGUUAUAAGUUGUUAGGAACAGACAAGAGCUACCUGAAUGAUUUGCCGAUAAACAAUCGUUCGUAGAUAGAAUUUAUUCUUCUAUUUGGACUGCUGGUGUAUAAAACAUUUUAAUACGUAAUUUUACAAAAGCGAUUGUUGUCAUUAUGAUAAAGGAUUACAACUGGAAGAUUAUUGAUAUAUACACUUUCAUCUUAAAUACUUUGUGUCACAUACAUACAUACAUACAAAAAACAAACAAUAAAAAGUGGUCGUUCGAUAUUGCGAUCACUUUCGGUGUU